AUGGCUCUUCAAACCGCAAGACAAAGACUCAGAAACGAGAAGUUUGCCAAGAGAAAUGAGAAGCAAAUGGGAAAGCCAAAAAUGAAGAAGAGAGCUAAGAAUGUUGCACUUCCCAAAUGGGUUAUUGGUCUGUUAUGUUUCCUUCUAAUUGGUGGUGGUCUUUUGGAGCUUAUAAGGCUAUUCCUAUGA